AUGGGUAUAUUAAGCGGCUUGAUAUCCGCCGCCAGUACGACGCUCCGGCGAGGGCUAAUGGCGCCGGCAGGUGCAAAAUCCGCCAUGGACAUAUGGGCAGCGGACGGAAAAAUCCGAGUGAAGGAGUGGUCGGACCAAAGAAUCGCUAACGCGAGAAAGUCGCUCGCUGAAAUAUGGAGGGAUAUACGAACGGAGGGGAAGAUAACUUAUCAAAGCACCGUGAGAGAUCAAAUCGCCAACUAUCCGGAGUCAAGUGCAGAGUAUCAGAUUCUGAGAUAUGCAAGGAAUUCUGCACUCCCACCCGAGGAAGUUUUGUACCAAGAUGUUAAGAAGCGAAGGAUCUUGAAACGGAUGGAUUUGAGAAAACUCGUCACAAAAUCUGGGGUGCCAGAGACUAUAACUGAUAUUCGCAUCGACCAGAUAAACAAGAGUUCCGUCACAGCUAGUAAUGGCCACUUGAAAAAGUUCAUCUUCCCUACCGAUCUAGCUUCUUCGCUUGAACGUAACGCUACUGAGAUCGACGAAAAUGAGUACUUGAAGGGCAAGAUCGACGCCCGCAAAUGUGACCUUUGGUGUGUUCCCAUAAGCAGUCGAAACCAUGCCGUAGCAAUGGUCAUAAACAUCAAGGACGCUCGCGUUGAAUGUCUGGACAGCGGCGGGCCCAACAAGGCACAAUUUUUCCUCAACGCAGGUCCCUUGUGCGACCGAAUUUUCAAGGCGGUGGCUGCCUACGUUGGCUCCACGAGACGGGAUGUAGACUUCGCCAAGUUCGAGUGGAGAUUCCCUCGAGUCCCUUGCCAGCCCGCCGGCUCCAACGCGUGCGCGAUAUACAGGUUGCGAUUCCUGGAGGAGUGGGGCGCCGGCGGCGAUGGAAUGGAUUUGACGAGCAAGUUCCAAGGUUGGGACGAGGAGUACUGGCAUGCCAAGGAGAGGGUAAAGAUUUGUGCGUCCAUCUUGACCGACGACUCCAAUGCUAUUCUCGAGGAGGUGAAAGAAAAGGCGCGAAGAAGGCAUACGAUGAUAAAAAGAAGACAAUUAAUAGCGAUAGGGUUAUUGAUAUUGCUAGUGUAG